UGCGCAGAGAGCGGAAUCUUUGUCGAGUCUUCCUCCGGGUAUUUUCGCAACGUGGUGACCGAGAGGCCAAGAAUUUUGAGGAAAAGAUGCCGCGACGUGGACGUGCCGCCGCUCCUCCGCCGAGAACGGUGAGGAGCGCGCCAGCGCCAGCCCCGUCCCGAUUGCCGGCCCAUGCCCCGCCGGCGUCACCCAUGGUGGCCCAGCCGCAGCAGCCGUCCCUCAUGGGCCAAAUGGCCGCCACCGCCGGUGGUGUCGCCAUCGGAUCCGCCGUGGGACACACCAUCGGCCACGCGAUGACCGGACUCUUCAGCGGAGGCAGCGAGGCCCCAGCUGAAGUCGCAGCGGCGCCGCAGGCCGCUACUCCGGGCAGCGGCUCUGCGGCCCCAGCCGCCGGAGCCUGCUCCUGGGAGGUCAAGCAGUUCCUAGAGUGCGCCCAGAACCAGUCCGACUUGAGCCUCUGCGAGGGCUUCAACGAGGCGCUCCGUCAAUGCAAGAUGGCCAACAAUAUCAUGUAAAUUGAGACGGGGCGAAUCUAGAGGUGUCUAGACGAAAUUGAAGUACGUGCUGUACGAUCCUGUAGACCAUUUAACGAAAUUUCUGUUUAUUUGUACCGUUGUUACACAUUGAUAUAUUGUAAGAUAAAAUAGUCCCGGAUUUCUGAUCCGCACAUGUCAUAGGAUACAGUUUUAGGACAGCAAUAAAUUAUGUUUGUUCAAA